GUUAGCUCCCGCAGGCUAACUUUGUCUCCCAGUUGUUGUGCGGAUCUCCCGAAGUUUCGGGACUCGGUUCGGUAAUUUUGGGUCUUUCUUUUCUACAUCGAUGUGAAUUUUACCGAGGAGACGGAGAAAUGAACGGGAGCACCAAUCCGCUGCUGGACAAAGAGGAGCAUGUGCUGAAGCUCGGAGAAAGCUUCGAGAAGAGGCCAAAAUCUUCCUUUCACACCAUCAGAUAUGACUUCAAACCAGCAUCUAUCGACACGAGCUGCGAGGGAGAGCUACAAGUUGGGAAAGGAGACGAAGUUACCAUCACGUUACCUCACAUUCCAGGCUCCACGCCGCCCAUGACAGUGUUCAAAGGAAACAAGCGGCCGUACCAGAAGGACUGCGUGCUCAUCAUCAACCACGACACCGGCGAGUUCGUGCUGGAGAAGCUGAGCAGCAGCAUCCAGGUCAAGAAAACCAGGGCGGAGGGCAGCAGUAAGAUCCAGGCGCGCAUCGAGCAGCAGUCGGUUCGCUCCAGUCAGCCCAGCUCUCAGUUCCGGGCCCCCACCAAGCCGGGGGCCGGGGUCAAGACCUCCCCGUCCCCCUCUAAAGAUAAUCCCUCCCCGGAGCCUCAGCUCGACGACAUCAAGAGAGGUAAAGACGUCCUGCUACGACCGUCACUCAAC